GCGGAGACGGAGAUGCUAGACAUCAUGACCAUCAGAGACACGAGGAAGGACAAGUGCGCGAAGGUGCCCAAGGACCCGAAGCUGACCUUCACCCUGAAAGGCUCCUCCACGGACGGGCUGGAGCAGAAGAGCUUCACGGUCGUCCACGGACCCACCUUCGUCGAGGUCUACUACUGCAACUUCAUCGCCCAGAAACCUGAGAUCGCUAAGCUGUGGGCGGACGAGGUGCUGAAGAUGGCCUACAACUUGCUCAGCCAGAAUGCCUCCCCCAUCGUGUUCCUGAAGAAGGCCUACACCAGACUGCAGCUCAUGGUCGACAAACACAAGAAAGUCCCAGUGAAAAACAUCGUGAGGGUGUUCGCCCGCCACGGCGACGACCGCAGGCGAGUCGAGUCCGCGCUGGAGGCCGCGGGAAUGACAGUGUGUCCCUGGAUAAAUUCACAUGGGACACUUUUCUCAACUUCUACAACCGGUUAACCUGCAGGCUGGAGGUCGAGAAGGUUUUCUGUGAGAUCACGGAGCAGCCCUACAACACCUCACGGAAGACCAAACUCCGGGGCAUGAACGUGGAGCAGCUGGUCAACUUCCUCAAUAAAGAGCAGCGAGAUCCACGUCUCAAUGAGAUCCUCUACCCCUAUGCUGAUGCAGCCAAGGCUAGAGAGGUCAUCCGGGACUAUGAACCUUAUAAAGAGAACAUCGCCAAGAAUGUUCUGAGCUGUGAAGGCUUCCUGAAGUACCUCAUGUCAGAGGAAAAUGUAGUCAUGUCUGUGGAGAAGCUGGACCAAUAUGCAGACAUGGAUCAGCCACUUUCCCAUUAUUUUAUCAACUCAUCACACAACACUUACCUCAUAGGGCAUCAGUUUACUGGGAGGUCUUCAGUAGAAAUGUACCGGCAGUGCCUCCUUGCUGGGUGUCGUUGUGUGGAGCUCGACUUCUGGAAUGGCCGGACUGAUGAACCCGUCAUUGUUCACGGCUAUACACUUGUGCCUGAGAUCAGUGCUAAGGAUGUUAUUGAAAGUAUUGCAGAGUCAGCCUUCAAAACGUCAGAGUGGCCGGUCAUUCUCUCAUUUGAAAACCACUGUGGGCCACGGCAACAAGCCAAGAUUGCGAGUUAUUGCAGGGAAUUCUUUGGUGAUAUGUUGUUGGACUCACCUUUAGAAAAUUUUAAGCUUGAACCAAAUAACCCCCUCCCCCCACCAUCAAGUUUGAAACGUAAAAUUAUAAUUAAGAAUAAGAAAAAACACCGCACCCACCACCACCAUCACAAAAAGAAUGCACCAGGGGGAGAAUCGCAGUUCCACGUCGAACUCAACACGACAGGUGAACCAAGACACACAGAGAUGCAGGGCAACGGAGAGAUUCCAAGACCUCCACUUGAGAAAGAGGGUUCACGAGAGUCAUCUGAGGAAGAGAAUGAGGUUGCUAAUGGUGAGAUACCUGAUGGAGGGGCUUUGGAGGAAGUAGAGAGCUCGAGUUCGGAGGAGGAUGAAGGGCCUCCCACCCCAGACGGAGUGCACUCAAGGGAAAGGACAAGCAGUGUAAGCAAUUUGCCGGAAGGAAGUGCUGCCAAUGCUGAGGAGGAAGCGGGUGCAGAAAUAUCUGCCCUAGUCAACUAUGUACAACCUGUUCACUUCCACAGCUUUGAGGUCUCAGAAAAGCGAGGGAGGAGUUAUGAGAUGUCUUCCUUCGUGGAGACGCAGGCAAGCAACUUAUUGAAAGAAAGUCCAAUGGAAUUUGUAAACUACAACAAGCGACAAUUAUCUCGAGUUUAUCCUCGAGGAACACGAGUCGACUCUUCCAACUUUUUACCACAUCAGUUUUGGAAUGCUGGCUGUCAGCUGGUUGCACUUAAUUACCAAUCCUUAGAUCUUGCAAUGCAGUUGAACUUAGGCAUAUUUGAGUUCAAUAACCGAUCAGGUUACCUCCUAAAACCAGACUUCAUGAGAAGGCCAGAUAGACGGUUUGAUCCCUUUGCUGAAUCAACUGUCGAUGGUAUCAUUGCUGGUACUGUUUCUGUUAAGGUGAUAUCUGGUCAGUUUCUAUCAGACAAGCGAGCUGGCUGUUAUGUAGAAGUGGAGAUGUAUGGGCUUCCUGCAGAUACUGUUCGCAAACGCUUUAGAACAAAAACAGUCCCAAAUAACUGUAUAAACCCUGUUUGGGAUGAAGAACCAUUUGUGUUGAAAAAGGUGGUCUUACCAGAACUAGCAACCAUUAGAAUAGUAGCAUAUGAGGAAGGUGGAAGAGUUGCAUUAGGGAAUCGUGUUCUUCCUAUCGUGGGAUUGAGACCUGGAUACAAGCACAUUCCUUUGAGGAAUGAGGCAGGUCAGCCACUGGGGGUUUCAACGCUCUUUGUCCACUUAAAGGUUGGAGAUUAUGUGCCACAUGGCUUAAGUGACUUUGCUGAAGCUUUGGCCAAUCCUAUCAAGUACCAGAGUGAACUAGAAAAGAGGACACAGCAGUUGGCAGUGUUCCAAGAUGACGAGGAGGGAGAAGAAACAGAGGGUGAAGUACCUCAAACACCUGUGAGUAAACAAGAGUCAUCUGUGAAUCAGGGAGGUGGGGGAGGUCAAACUUCUACAGGAGAUGAACGACAGGUGAAAGCCCCCAAAAAUAAGAGUAAUGGUGAAGUUCCAGACACUACAACGACAGCCAAUGAAAGCACACCUGUUGGAACGCGUCGGCAGAACUCUAUCUCGGCCAAGGUUCACAUGAACACUAAGACAGGGGACGAUAAACCUGAACGGGAAAAGGAGUCUUCUCUCACUCUUCUAGAAACAAGCAAGCUUGUUAUUGAAGCAGAAUCAUUAGAAAAACUCUGGAGUGGCAAAAUUGUAAAAGACAAGAAACUGGAAUUUGAAAAAAGUUUAGAAAAAUUGCGGAAAAAGCAUGAAAAGGAGCGCCAAAGUCAGAUCCAACAGCAUGAGAAGAAGAGAGGUCAGAUACAGAAGUCACACACCAAACUCGUAAAGAAACUUUCCUCCAACAAGCCUGUAGAACCCAGUGGACGAGAGACGACCCAGGACCUAAACACAGUGCAGGAAGAACUGGAAAGUCGACUGCAAGAGGAGGACAAGUUGCAUAAGACCAGCCUUUGUGAAUUAAGCAUGGAACACCUAAUAGCUGAGAAGAAAUUGCAAGAAAAGUACCAUGAUACCAUUUAUGCUGCACUAGACAAAGCAAUGAGGAUGUCUCAGGCAGAACAGUUAAAAAAAUUACAGACCAUACAUGAUAAACAAGUCGAAGAUAUAAAACGAAAAACUGAGGAACAACACAGAGAGAAGCGAAAGGGACUCGGAAAGACUACUGUAGACAAAGAGGAAUUAAGCAGGAUAAAGCGUGAGAUCAGUAAACAGAUUGUCGCAGAAGGCAUUCAGGAGAGACAAAAGCUUACAGAUAUACAUGAAAAGAAGAAAACUGAAUUGGAAAAACAGCAUGAAGAUGUCCGAACACAGUUUGAAGAAGACAAACAAAAGGCCAAAAAUAACAUUGACAUGGAAUAUGAGGAAAAACGCGCAAAACUGGAAGAAGGUAUCUCCUCGUAGACCUUUUCAGCACCAGAGGACAAAUGUGCACCAGUAUUAGAGAUGAGGGUUGCUGACUGUAUGGAGAACACAAAGUGCAAUGUUCCUUAGCAGUGGACCCUUUUAUUUACGCAGAUGACAGUCUUGAUGUCACACCCCCACACCCCAACCCCUUCCCACCUCCCAGCAGGUUCUAUUCCCCGAGUUUGUGAUUGGCUCAGCCGGACCCCUUGAAGGUCAUUUGUUAGAUUAUUACCGAUGUUAAUACUAGCUGGCACCUGAAUAAAUGAAGAGGUCGUAUAUUUGUGGGUCGUUCGUUACUAAUCUGUGUCUAGAUAAAAAACACUAGUGCUACCCAUAUGAGCCAAAUGUGUGUUUAGAAUUUAUGUGAUUGUGGGUUUAUUAUGUACAGUGUAUUUCAGAUGAGAAUUUUUAUAUUUGCUGUAAAUUAGAUUCCUGACAGUAGAGGCAGAGAGUGAGCAGGAUAGCUCAUAUUGUUGGAAGUUAAUUAAGAAAAUAAGGGUUUGUUCAUUGGGUCAAGAGCCCUUGGUACGAUUUGGAAAAGAUACAAAACAUAUGAUUAUUAGAAUGAAGGAAAAGACAUAUGAAUGGUAGAUUUUUCUGUAGUUUUAAAGUUUUUGUUGCGAGAGAUAUAUUUAUUGAUCUUAUACGUAUUUUGUAAGUUUUUAUUCUCCAGUGUACCAUGUGCAUUUGGAUACAAAUUAAGUUAUUCUGUAUGGGAACAUGACUAUUUUCCAUGCAUCUUGUAGUUUUAGCAUCAAACAAAUCUUGUCAAGUAUUUUGAUCAGGUUUAGUUUCAUGUUUUGCCAAUAGGUGCCAAUACUUCUUUUCUUCUAUUAUGUUUCAUGAAACAUAUUGUGAUAAACAAAAAUCUGUAAAAGAUAUUGAUUUUGAAAUUGAGUUCAUAUCAUCCUUCAUUGUAUCAUUCAAGUGUUUAUUGCCAUAUUCUUAAUGAAUUUUGUUGUUAUUUGUUCAUGUGGAUAAACUUUACAGUUUGUCUUUGUCGGGAAAAUUAAGUGAUUAUGCCCUAAUACAGUAUUUUUGUAAAAAAGAAAAAAAUUCCCUGAUUAGUUGUGAUCAGAUCAUAUUGUUUGUGAUUUCAAAGAGCUGUAAACAAUCAUUAGAGGUAUGUUGAUAUUGUCAUUUAUUGUUGAACAGUGUAUAUAGCUAUGUCAUUGAAUUUUUAAUAUGAAUAUAAUCAUUAGCAUCAGUAACAUUAUGGAUGCAAAUUUAUGUUGUAAUUGUAUUAGGUAUUUCUGAAAUGAAAAUAACGAUAACGAAGGCUGCGUUAAAACAAUUUGCCUCUCAAGAAUGGUAUCUCCUUUAUGCUUUCCGGUAGGAGAUUAUUUUGUUUUUUGACAAUUGAUGAGGAGUGUUAAUGUUGAAAGUUCUCCUCGUCAGAAACGGAAAGAAGAGGCAGUUCUCAGGUGUCAAUCAUCUGAGAUAUGAAGAAAAUGAAGGGAAGUCAUGCCUAAUACCUUGCAUAAACCCUAUAUGGGAAAGAACCACUUUUAACUGAGGUUUGUUGUGAUACAUUGACAAAGGAGAGUCACAGGGAGAUAACAACAUUUUAUGUGUCUGGGAAAUUUGUUUUCACUCACCCCCAUUUGUAAACCUCCAAGAUAACCACUUCUCAUCAAUUGUCGAUCGCAGCCAGAUAAUUCUAUGCAGAUGUAGUGUCACCAUAGUUAUAACUUGCCUUUCUACUCCUUAAAAACAAGAAGCUCUGUCCAAUAGUACAGGUGUUCAGGGGUCCAUUCCAUUAAAAAUAAAAGCGUGGGUACAGUCAACUCUAGUCCAUAAAAACUUUGGUAUUUCCUUGUGAUAUGAAAAGGAAAAAAAAAAGGACUAAUACGUAGGUCCCUUUGAUGUGAACUUUGAUCUUGUUUGGAUAAAUUUUCAAACAGUAUCUGUCAUAGGUAUUCACUGAACUCCUUACAUAUGAAUAUGUAAUGGGAUUAGUUGGUGUACUGUGGAGUGGAAUAUAGUAAAAGUUCCAUGUUAAUCUAGUUUAUAUCACCUGUUGUGAUAGUUCUUUUUAGCCAGUAAGGCUGAGAUGGGGACAACAAGUUCCGACUGUCAGUUUUUUUGCUCAAUAAUUGUUGAAGGAUUCAUUGUUAAAACUUUUCUGCUGUAACUAUAAUAUAGAGACACUUUCAAGGACAAUAAAUUCCAUCUUACAGGCACUCCUUAGCUUUAAAAUAGCAUGUUAACCUACUGUAUAUUUUUCAUGAUUUUUUGGGGGAAAGCUGAAUGAUUAUGGUAUAAAAAUGCAUUUCUGUUGUAAAUUUGUGUCUUUACAUUGUAAUUAAUUGGAUAUAUGAAUAUAUUUACUGUAUAUAAUAUAACCAACGAUCACAGUUAAGUCUUAAAGAAAAGGUAAUUGGUAAACUCCAAAGUCAGUGAAUUGCAGGCUUUUUUUUUUUUUUUACAAGUUAGGCCUUUGAUACAGUAUGCCUGCUUUUCUUAAAUGUUACCUUGUUGACUUAAACUCAUAUUUUAAGAUGUCAGAAUAAAAUGAAAAAGAAGUCC